GUACUACGCGCGGUGGUGGUCGCAGUACGGCACCGUCGCUGCCAAAGGAGGUGUGGACGAGACGCAGUCAGGUGCAGCUGUGCAGGAAGCUCCGCCCAAAGCAGCAGCGUUUGACAAGGAUGCCUUGAAGAAGCUGGCAGAGCAGGCCGCGAAGAAUGCGGAGCAGGAAGAGAAGGAUGCAGCAGACAGAGAAGUGCAGGAGAAGCUGGCGGCCGAGGCAGCAGCUGUGCAGGCGGCGGCUGCACAAGUCCAGGCCCAGCAAGAGGCGCAAGCAGCACAAGCAGCACAGGCAGCACAAGCUGCCAAGGCAGCGCAAGCUGCAAAGAGCGCGCAGGCAGCACAGCAGGCCGCUGCUGCGCAAGCUGCUCAAGCCGCCCAGGCGCAAGCUCAAGCGCAGGCAGCGCAGGCAGCUCAAGCGGCGCAGGCUGCACAAGCCGCACAGGCUGCGCAAGCCGCGGCCCAGGCGCCGCCUCAGCCCCAGGUCAUUCCGGCACCAGCGCAGCCACUCGGCACUGCUCCGCUCCCGUCUGCCGUUGGCCCGGGCGCACCACCGCCACCACCACCCCCGCCUGGACAAGGUCCCGCCCCACCAGCCUACGAUCUUGAAGCCUUGAAGCGGCUUGCUGCUGCACAAGGGGCCGUCGCGCCCGUAGCGCCCAUGGCGCAGGCAGCGCCGAUUCCGGUGGUCGAAGUUCGACCACCACCCGCACAGCCGAAGAAGUCAAUGGGCUUCUCCGGUUUCACCUUGCAGGCAGCUUCACCUGCGCCAGCACAACGAGACAACGACUCCGUCCAGAAAAUGCUCGCCCGGCUGCAGGGAAAUGUGCAGGGAGCGAAGCAAGCCCUGUCAGCCACAGGCCCUGCACCCAAUUUUGGUGGCCAACUUCCGUUCGUUCAGGCGACACCGUUAUCAAAGUUGGGGCCGCAUUCGGGGCUUGGAGACGAUGACUGGGAGCCUUUGCAGGAGACCGUGAGGACUGCAAGCGCUCGCAGUGAGGUUGAGGAAGCCGCCAAGGCCUUCCUCAAAAACUUCGCACAGAUGAGUGCAGAGCAGCUUGCAGAGCUUCUCCACCUCAUGGAAGCGAAGGCUCACUCCUACCCUCGGGACUUCUACACCGAGUUGGGCAGCAUGCUUGGGCACAAGCUGAAGUCAGCAACAAGUCCGCAGAUCGCCCACAUCAUGAGCGCGUUUUUGUAUUGGCAACCAGAGGGCAGGCAGCGGUUCAUCGAUUCAAGCCGGGACUUUCUGGCUGUGGCAACUGCUGAGGUUCCGACUCGGCUUAUGGAGCUUGCGCCUCACGAGUUGAACACCUGCUUAGCUGGGCUGGUGUCCUUGGGCUGCUCGGACCACAAGUUCUUCGUCUCUGUUGGCAAGUCGGCACAGGCUCGGCACAAGACCUUCGGCCCGAAGGAGCUCACCUCGCUCUUGACCAUCCUCUCCGAGGUUCGCCUGGUGCACUCCGAGCUCUUCGCCUCGGCGGCCUCGGCCGUGGCCCCCCGGGUGCGCGAGCUCCGGCCCGUGGAGGUGCUGCGCUGCGCCCGCUCCCUGGCGCGCUGCGGGGUCAAGAGCGAGGCCUUCUGCCAGGCCGUGGGCGACGACGUGGUGGGGCGCUGGUCAAAGAGCAAUUCGGGCUUCCGAUGCGAGGAUUUGGUGGAUUUGUGCUGGUGCUUCUGCGUUUUGGAGCACUACCACCCCGAGCUGAUGCAGCUGACAGUCCAAGUGCUGCAGGACACUGCCAAGGUCACAGCAGACGCACUCUGCCAGUUUUACGAAAUCCACCUCUCUUUAGAGACAGAGCACAAAGAGCGCUAUGCCUCGUUCCGAAUAGACGACAAGGCGGCGGGAAAGCUUCUGGAACACUAUAAGGAGAAUCGCCGAGAUUGUCGGCGGUGCUCUGAGAAAAUCCGAUCAGACAUCUCCGCAGCAGUGAAGGGCCUUCUAGAGGGCCAUGUGCAGUCCAACCACCGCACCAGUUUGGGUCUUCUGUCGGACGUGGCAGCCUUGAGGAAGCGAUCCUCUACGGACGGGUAUGUCCACAUUGACAUCGACGGUGCUUUGUCGCUGAUUCGUCCUAUCGACCAGGAUGAAACCGCGGGCCCGAUUGUCGAUGGCGCUGUGGCGCUCAGGAGGCGGAUCCUCGCAAAGAAGGGCCUGCGUGUCGCAACAGUCAGGGAAAAUGACUGGAAGAGCCUGGAUGACCAGAAGGAGAUAGGGGAGAACCCGCAUGGGCCACCCAACAACCUCAUGCCGUUCGUCCAGCAGGUCGCGGUCGGUCGCAGGGAAUGCCUCAGUGUCUUCGGGAAUGACUACGACACUCCUGACGGGACUGGUGUGCGGGACUACAUCCACGUCGACGACCUGGCCGAGGGCCACAUCUGCGCGAUGGAGAAGCUCAUGACCAUGGACGGUGGCUGCAUCAUCCACAACUUGGGCUCUGGCAACGGAUACUCUGUCUUGGACAUGGUGAAGGCCUUCGAGGCAGCGUCUGGCAAGUCCAUCCCAUACAAGGUCGUGGAUCGAAGAGCUGGAGAUUUGGGGAAGGUGGUUGCCAACGCGUCCAAGGCAAAAGCCGACUUUGGCUGGGAGACCAAGCGUGGGCUCAAGGAGAUGUGCGAAAGUGCAUGGAAGUGGCAGAGCAACAACCCGUACGGCUACGAAGAAGCCGGGAUGCGGGCAUGUUUGACUUCAAGACGCUUCAUGGUGGAUGUCAUGCAGCAUCCCGGGUACAAGACGUGGAUAUGA